AUGCCUCUGUUGCGCAACCUCCUAGCCUCGCUCCUGGUGGGGUCCCUGGCCCUGCCGACCACCCUCGCUCACCCGGGCCGAAGCAAGCAUUCCCACCACACAAAAGUCACGGGGAAAUUCAGACACACACGGCACGUCGCGAGGGAUAUCUCCAGCUCGACUACUAGUACAGACUCCACGGACACCGACGGGGGCGCUACAGCGUCUGGCCCCGGCACGACAGACACUACUUUCAUCUCUGUAACGGUAACGACCACAGAUGUCAUCACCACAACUGAUACAACAAGCACAGACUCGGACUCUGGAUCCACGACGACCGAUGGGCCAACCUCAACUGCUGCUGAUCUGGCCACAACGGACCCUGCAUCUCUAACCACCGAUACCGGUGUUGAUGCCGCUGCUGUCACUUCGACAGACACCUCUGAUACUGCUACUUCGACAGACACUGUUGAUACCGCAACAGCAACAGACAGCUCUGAUACCACUUCGACAGAUGCUUCUGAUAUCACCACUUCAACGGAUACUUCUGACACUGUUACAUCUACGGCCACAUCGACAGAUGAUGCUUCGGACACGGCCAGCCCCACUUCGACCGACACUUCUAACACAGCUACUUUGGAAGCUGCCUUUGAUACUGCCACAUCGACAGAUGUUUCCGAUACCGCCACAACAUCCGACCCUGGUGCAGUCCCUACCGAUGAAGCAUCUACUACUACGUCGGGAGAUGUCUCGGCCGAGUCGGCCACCACCACCACCGAGGAGCCUACUACCACUACAGAGGAUCCCAGCGCCGCCGCGACGGGCGCCCCAGCCCAGACUGAUACCGAAGUCCCACCUGACACCGCUUCGGAGUCCACCUCAGACUUCAUCGCGGAACCUACCCCGGAUCCCACCGCGGAUGCCACCUCCCUGGCCGACCCAGCCGCCACCGACACCGACACGCCACCAACCCAGGCGCCCUCCGGCACUCCAGCCCCGACAAAAGAGCCCCCAGCCCCAUCCCAAGACGCCCCCAGCAGCGCUCCGACGGCCGCCGAACCGCAAAAGGUGUGCGGCGACUCGUCGGCGCGGCUCGCGGCCAACCCGGACCCCCCGUCGGGCCUGGAGUCGUGGGCCGCGACGGGCGGGGCUUCGGCCAAGAAGAACGGCGGGAGCAGGACCUGCGGCUUCGUCAGCACGUCGGGCGCGCACUUCCUCCAGCUCGUCUCGACGCCCAGGAACCCCAGCAGCUCGGCCUCGCAGCGCAUGCGCGGCCUGGCCGGCGACACGGUCACGCUGGCCUUUGGCUGGGCCUACGUGGUCGUGGCCGCCGUCUCGGCCGACGUCAGCUGCACGCUGAGCAUCAGCCUCGGCGCCAGCAGGGCCGGCGCCGCGGUCAAGAGCUGGACGCGCCCGGCCAACGCGGGCGGCAGUGGCCGCACAGUGGUCACGCUGUCGACGGCGAGCGCAAGGAAGACGGCCGAGCUCAAGUUUGCGUUUGAGUGCGACGACCCCAAGUAUAACGCAGGCGUCAUGAUCGACAGUGUCAAGUUGAGGUCGUGCUAA